UAGCAUCAGUCCGGCAACAGUUUCGGCGGGUGAGAGAAAGAGAAGCCCUCUCCCAAAAACCAACCACCAACAGCUCUCAUUCUGGUGCAUCCGGACCAAACAGAGCUGUCACAGAAGCAUAUGAGUGCAUUCUUUGUGCGGAGACGUUUCAGCAACCCAAGUUGUUUCCCUGUGGCCACACAUUUUGUGGACCUCCACGCAAAUGUAUUUCAAGUUUGAUGAAUAUGGACAAUCCCAAAUGUCCAGUUUGUCAGGCGGAUAUCGGCCACUUGGUCAUCGCGAAUCUCGCGUCUAAUUACACUGUCAUGGCUAUGAUUGAGGAGAUGAAAAAUACCCCAAACACCUCGGCAUCCGGGUCAAACUCUGAUAUCAACUUGAUCUGCUCCGACUGCGACAGACUGCUGACUGGUAACUCAGACUGGAUCGAAAAUCACAAAGGCCAUAAUGUCCGGCCAGUCGAUAUUCAAGAAAUGCGGACCAAUGUCAGGAAAGAAACGGACAUGAUGAUAUCUGCAAUUCAUACCUCAGCAAUCGAGGAAAUCCGCGUGAUUCAAAACAGGCUGAUAAGCAUGUCGAAUGAUCUCAAAAGUAAACAAAAAAAUAUUGGAAAUAUGUCUGCAAGCGAGCUGUCUGCAUUUUCUCGGAGCCUGAAGGAUAACAAAAUUCAGAUCGAGAACGAAAAGAAAAAGCUCUUCCAAAAGGCGUGUGAGAUAAAAGAAAUGAAGAACUUCAUGGCUAAUGACCUAUCUAUCGACUUUUUUCUAAAUUAA